AUGGUGGAAAAGCUCUACGUCACCUACAAUCAGGUGCACAAACUCUGCCAAAAUGCCGCCGACCGCAUCCUCACCGACUUCAAACCGAAUCUCAUGAUCGCCAUUGGCGGCGGCGGCUACGUUCCCGCCCGCAUCCUCCGCUCCUUCCUCAAAAAGCCCGGCAACCCCAACAUCCCCAUCCAAGCAAUCGGCCUUUCCCUCUACGAGUCUCUCCCCACCGACAACGAGGUCGAGCAACCCGGCACAAAAGUCACGCGAACCCAAUGGCUGGAUCUCAGCAGUCUGGAGAUGGCGAACCUGAUUGGGAAGAACGUGCUGAUUGUGGAUGAGGUGGAUGACACGAGGACGACGUUGGAGUAUGCGGUGAAGGAGCUGGAGAAGGAUGUGGCGAUUGCGGCGAAGAAUGCGGGGAGAGAGGGAGAGGGGACGAGGUUCAGCAUUUUUGUGUUGCAUAAUAAGGAUAAGGUGAAGAGGGGGAAGUUGCCGGAUGAGAUGAUUAACGACAAUAGGUACAUCGCUGCGAGGGCCGUGCCGGAUUGGUGGAUCAACUACCCAUGGGAAGCGACGGACAUUGACGAGCACGAUCGCCAUGCGGCGGAGCAGGAGGUCCAGUAG